AUGGCACUUAGCAUUAUCAGUGAGAUAGGAUUAGUGGCAGCAAGUUCGACACCAAUUGUGAACAUGGCCUCAGAAUAUACUCCAUUGGUGAUUGAGAGCUCUUCACUCUCCGAUUCUCGGAAGCUCGUGAGAGAAAAGAUCAUACCUUGGGAAGGAUUGGCCAGAGCAGGUAUCAUCAAUAACGACCAGGCUGAUCUCAUCAAAAUCUUAGAGACACAAAAUGCUGAUUCUAAACGCGAGACAGUUUUGAGCUCCGUGGACUUGUAUUCGAAAACUAUCUUGAACUUGUUGAACAAGUUGGAGAUAAACUCCAGGGACGAUGUCUUGAAGAGCGUAUUGGUGUUGAUGAGCGAUUUGUUGACAGACCCCGAGGCCAAGGUGUUCUUGGAGACUCUUUUGGGAUUAUCAAAGGUUGAUUCAUCAUUGCCAUUCCAUCCAUUCGUGAAGCAUUUGGACAAUAACGAUCUGCUUAUCAAGACAUUGAGUUUCUACAACUUGGUUAUCUUGUUGGGCAAGGCUGCGAAGGACGACAUUAAGGUUGAUAAGGAAGUUUUGAUUAAGCUCUUCGACUUGGCUUGCUCUAAGACCUACAUUGGCAACACGGCCGACCAGAACCUGCAAUCGAUUGGUGUUCAAUUGUUGCAGGACUUGAUCGUUCACAAGAACUACCGAGCCAUUUUCCAAGAACACAAUUUGGUGUCAAAUUUCAAGAGCAUCAACACAUUGAUAGAAUUGCUGGCCAAGAAGCCUAAUACUACCAAUUUCCAGCUUUUGUACUAUGUCUUUUUGACAGUCUGGAUCCUAAGCUUCUCAAGCACCAUCAACAAGACUAUCGUGCACAACUUUCCACAACUCGUUGGCAAUCUUUUGACUGUGUCGAAGGAAUCCAUCAAACUUAAAGUGGUGAGAGUUGCGAUUUCAGCAUUGAAGAACUUCGUGGCAGUCACUGUGAGCAACCUGGAACAAUACAGUGUUGUCAAGUUGGUGCUUUUCCACGAUGGCUUGAACAUAGUCAAGACUAUCCAGACUAGAAAGUUCGCUGCAAAUGGAAGUGAUGAUGAAUUGUCGUCUGAUUUGGCUUACUUGAAUGACACCUUAUCGGAAGUUGUUUCGAGCAAGUUGUCCUCCAUGGACGAAUACUUAGUAGAGUUGGAAAACCCGGAGUUGUUGAGCUGGUCCUCCCCUACACACAAGUCAUCCGAGUUUUGGCAAGAAAAUGCCCACAAGUUCAAGGACAACAACUUCAAACUUGUCAAGAGAAUGCUAGAGAUAUUGACAGCAGAUAAUACGCUGACUGCCAAGGUGAUCCUCUUGAACGACUUGCAAUUUUUGAUCAAGAAUCUCGGCAGCGACGUCAUAAACUUUCUCAACACCGAGAAGGGUGGUCAGUACAAGUUGUUGAUCAUGACCUUGUUGGAGAAUAAUGGCGGUGACAAUGAAUUGAAGUACGAAGCCUUGAAGACCAUUCAGCAUUUGUACCGGGAUGAACGAGAAAAGUCAUUUACCGAUGGCAUCAAAAUUCCUACAACGCGAAUCAUCAAGGUCUGGGAGCAUGAAGUCCCCUCCAUCACAUCUUUAGUGGACAACGGUUUCUAUUACACCCCCACAAGAAAGAAUCAGGAUCAGGUAACCUGCUUUUGGUGUGGCAAGAAGGAAAAUGACAUUGUCGGAGUUCAGGCUCUCGGCUGUCAUCAUCUACGAACGAGCCCUAAAUGUGCUUAUGGUCUAAUACAAUCGAACAUGGAGUAUUGCGUCUCUGCACGAGACAAGGAGGAAUUCUGGCGCAAAUUAGCCGAGGAGGAAAGAGCUCCUCGUUCAGUCACUGACCCACACUCUACCGAAUCCGUCAUGUUGAGAGCUUCUACGUUCAAGGACCUAUGGAAGCUAGAUGAUCAAAAGAAAUGCACUGCGACAUCCAGAGACUUAGCAAAAGCUGGCCUUUACUACAGUCCAUUGGAUAAAGAUAAUGACCGUGUCAUAUGCAUGUACUGCGAUUGUCCCCUAGAUCACUGGGAUCCAGAAGAUGACCCUCUACGAGAGCACAGGGCUAAUUCUUACGCAUAUUGUUACUUUCUUGAUACUCUACUGGGAGGUAAACAACCUGGCACCAGCUCAGAGAAACGCAGUGGUGCAAAGAGAAAAUCGAAGGUGCCAUUACCUGAUGACUCAAUCGAUGACAUUGAUGACUCAAUAAUGUCUACCACUCCAGUACCCUCACCAAGGGUCAAACCCGCUGACAAAGAAAAUGACUCCUCAGUCAGCUCUCCAUUGAAUGAGUCCGUAUCAAAAUGGCCAUCUCCGCUGCCUUCAACGGAGCCUGAACUUCACAAGGAUUCUGAAUUCGAUGCGUACGACUUCUCAAUCGAAGAUAUCGAGGACCCAGAUCAUGGUUCUAUAUUUGAUGAUGGUAAAGCAAAGGUUUAUCAUAGAAAACCUAGAUUGCGGAAGCCCCCGCCUCCUCCCCCAGAGUCACUUGUCAAGAAGAAAUCUAGCAAAGGCUCCUUCAUGUUGGAAGUUGAUAAGUCCCGUGAGUCUGAUGAGUCUACUCACCAUUCAAUGACUCUGACGCACACCAAUGGAGAACACAAGCAGAGUCUGCAAACUUCAGAAAGCCCCCUCAUUAAUGAUAAGCCAUUGGGGCCCAGCGCAGUUGAAGAUACCCCCGAAGAUGUUAUUGAUGGCGCUAGUGAUAUGGAUAUUGACGCAAAGAAUAACCGUGGUUCUACGGGCCAAUCUGAAAAUUCGUUAGUUGAGAGUGAUGAUAUGACGCCUUCACUGGAUGACGGCUCAAAAUUCACAAUUCUGGAAAAUGAUUCGUCGUAUGAGGAUCAUGGCUCUGCGCUUGAUGAGCAGCAAAAGCUGAAAAAGGCAGCCAAACCCAUCCCUAAGAUAGAGUCUGGUAACACGCGAAAGCGUCUGCUGGAAAGUUUAGAUGGCAGCAUGGACUCUGAUCGGUUCAAGCAAAUACUUGCGUCCCCAGGCAAAAAGAAAAAAGUGAAACUUAAUCAGCCAGAAGGCGCUUACAAACCAAAAGAUGACAUACUUGAUCUAUCGGGUCACAACAUUGGGGACUUCAACGAAUCAAACAUCUCCUACUUAGAAGAACAAAAGCAAUCACUCAAAGGUCAAAAUGAUGAAGUUUCGACUAAAAAAGCACCGGUUCUUUCUACUGAACUUUCUACCAAGGUCAAGAAGUCAGCCUUCGAUGAUGAUGAUGAUGAUUUUGAUUUCUUUGUUCACCGAUCCAAGAAGCUUAAAAGUGUCCAGAAGUCUGACACCAACGAGGAGCCUGCAAAUGAUAAACCCCAUUCGUCCUUGGACAAGAACUCCUUGCUUGACAUUUCAGCUUCAACUGAUGUGGAGAUGGCCCAACAGGGUACGUCUAAGGAAAAGGCGUUGAACUUGAAUGAGGCUCGAAAGGCACCCGAUAGCCAUUUGAACAAGAAUGAUGAUGAAGGAGGCAGUGACAAAGAUUCUCUACACGCUAUAAAUGACCACAUUGUUGGCGCUGGUCAUUCUGAUGAGCGUUCAAAUGAAGAGGAUAUUGGUUCCAAAGAGGGUGGCCAACAAUCUGCUGCGGAAGAAGAUGGACCCAGCAACCAUGAACAGUCAUCUGAACCGCAGAUAGAAGAAGAGGAGCAUUCGCUUGAGAAGAAUGCUUCUUCCAAUCAUGGAGAAGAUCAAGCAUCUCCAACAGAUCAUGCAUCUGCCGGUAAAAGAGCCUCCUCUCCCUAUGCGUCUCCUCAUGUGCCUGAGGUUGAUCCUGAUACGAAAAACCAAUUUGAUGCUACUCCUGCAGCUCCUGCGUCUGUCGCUGAAUCGAAGGAAACGACGGUAGAAGAAUAUGUUGACACAAGAGCAGAUUUCGAUGAUUCAAAAGCUGAGACGCCAACUCGCGUUAAAGCAGAAAAUGCAAACGGGACCCUUAGUGAUGGAGACAACGAUUCCGGUGGGGAAAGUGACUUUACAUUAUCCCCGUCCACGUAUGGCGACUAUGUCAAGGACAUGCGUAGUAUGGAAGACGAAUUUGUGGAUUCAUCCGUGAUGCAAGAGUCUAAAAGUGGGGGACUCAUGAUUGAGAAAAGCUCAAAGUCUAAUAUACUCGAGAAUGUGGAUGAAGACCCCAUCAACAUCGAUGAACAAGGGGGUAUGGUUUUAUUCGACGAACACAGUUCGAAGAAGGAACCAGAAAGAGUCAUGGUGUUGGAGAAAGCUCCUCUGAGAGAAAAAGAGCCCUCUGACGUGGGAGAAAGAAAAUCUAACCAUGUUCAAUUAAGAUCUGAAGCUGAAGAACGAGUCAAUGAUACUCUCGAUGAGGAGGAGGCCCUGGGAACUGAAGAUGCAAAUAAUGGUAAUACUGAGACCUCAAUUGGCGAUGUGUCAAUGGAAGGCGCAAAGCCGACCUCCCCGGAAGCAUCGGAGCGAGAUGACUCGGCGAUCGCCACAGAUGAAGAAAAGGAGCUUGAUGAGUCGGAUGACAGGAUGGCGCCGCAUGCUCAACGAGCUUCAGAUACGGUUCAUGAUGAGAAUGGCGCUAAAAAAGAUGCUAUAAUGAAGGUUGGCGCGGAUAUCCCGGUGCUUCGAAUGUCCGAAGGGGCCAUUGAGCCGGUGUCUAGUCCUAGCUAUAACGAAUCUCCUCAUAAUCGGACCUUCAUUGAGGAAUCUCUGCCGGCGAGUGUUGAUGGAAGAGAAGAUGGUUCUAACGAACAGCAACAUCAAGAGGGAGUCCCAUCCCCGUCCACUAAGCAGCUUGAGAAUAUCUCUGGCUCAUUCAUUGAAUCUAGCACGCCACGGAAAAAUCAAGUUCGUGAAGAUGCUGUCUACAAGUACUAUCCACGGAUUGAUACAUCGAAGUUGGGAAACAUCAUGGACGAGCUUAAGACUUUGACAGAUACUAUGGAUUAUCUCGCGGAAGUCUCGGCUGCAAGCUGUGAGCUUCAUAACGACAAUGAAGGGAUUCUCACCGACUUCAUUGCGGCUAUGCCCGAGGAAGAAGAGGCCAUGACAGUGAAGGAGUGGAUGCAGCACAACGCUGCAACAUGUGGCAGAACAGUAAGAGCGAUUGCCGAUCGCAUGAUUGAAGCCUACGCUGCUGAGUUUGACAAUUUGAUCGAGUAUGUUGCCAGUUUACCCACAACAGAUUGA